AUGACCGGAGUGGUAUCCAUUCCGACUCGGCCUUAUAUUCCUGGCAUGAUGAAUCAGGAGGUGGACCAAUCCGUCCUUGGACGUGCCGUCGUGCACAGAUAUCCCCUACCCUCGUCUUCCAUUGUCCACUGGUGGCCAGUUGGGCCGAUGAGGGAGUUCCACGCGUUCAAGGGAGUCUUUCAAGGGGCAGCUUCCGCUCCGUCGAGUGAGGCGGCUUUUGGGCCUGGGGAGAUGGACAGCAGCGCGCUGAACGCCAUGGCUCCCGACAUCAACACUCUGCCGACCUCCUCCCGACCAUCGCAACCCAACACGCAACCUUUAUCUUCAAGCGUCUCCAGGCGUCCCUCACACAACAUGCCACCACCGACAACGCCCGCUUCACAGACCCUCCCUCUGCGAAGUCCGACCAUCUCUAGCAACGAGCAAAACGUGCCUCUACGCCAUCCACGCCCUCUUACCGCAGCAGAGCUGUACCUGGAAUGCGAGAAAGAGCAAGAAGCCGUGGUCAACAGACUCACGCGUGAGCUCACUGCUCUUCGAGCUCAAUCUGCCUCCGUAGCGAGCAACCACUCCAUCUCCUCAAACUCAACGGCUGCCUCGAACUCUCUCCUGCCCAUUGAUAUCUCCGAUCCCAAUCCGACUCACCAGAUGACUGGUGCCACACAUCCAACACCAUCCCGCCGUGAUCGAUCCUCUUCCUCUGCCAGCGCACGGAGCAACAUCAUACCCACGCCCUCCACCAGCGUAAGCUCAACACAGGGUCAUGCAGGCAGCAGUCAUGCCCAUCAAACCACAAGCGGCAUCUCCCAAGCUUCAGCAGACCGUGCAGCAUCAGCUGGAAUCUCUCGCCAGCCGUCUGUCACUGGUCGAUCAGGUACCUCAACACCUGCACGGCGAUCCAUGGACUUCUCCCGCAUUCAAUACUCUCAGCAACGCCCGCCCAUCUCUCGUGAUCCUUCUCAAGGCACGCUGGCUUCCACACUGGCUCAGCCAGGAACUCCAGCUGCACUCUCACCAAAUGCACCCGGCAUGCAGAACUUUGCGGACACCACGGCCUACAGAACAGAGAUGGAGAUUGUGAAGGCGGAGAAUGAAGCUCUACGCCAGCGAGUGCGUGCUUUGGAGCGGGCUUUGCAGACACGGAGGAGAGACUCAAGUCAUUCUGCAGACGCCCGGGAGCCACGAGACCGAGGCGACCGCAGUGUCGGCUCCGGUGAGCACAGGGAUAGCAUCGGGAGAGUGCCGAGCAUCACUUCUCCGCCACCUCACGGUACGGGCGCGAGCGUAGCAGCGUGGGCAGCGAAUGACGGUGGAAUCGGAGGUGUCGCUGGACCGCGAGAGAGGAGCGAGAGUCAGAGCACCACUGCAAGCAGUCGGAGAGGCGUCGUCGGCGUGACGGAGGACGAUUUGAGAGUGGGCGAAAGUGCGAGUAGUGUUGGCGGGUCUGGCCUUGAGACGGUCUUGUUCCUUGCACCUACGGGAUGUUUGGUGGACUGGCGAGGAGGAUGGUCCGAUGUGAAGCGAAGUGAUCGGCGCGGAGGAGCAGAUGGGUUGUGCGAGGAACACAUGAUUGGAUUUGACCAAUCACCCGCAUUUUGA